UCCAGAGUAUCCACCAUCCUACUCUUCACCGCCCCUUGUAUUUUCUCCUCCCUCUAUCUUUCUGUCUCCCCUCCCUCAAUUGGGUCUUCCUUUCCUCCAGUACUCCGAAGUUCAGUCCACCUGCCGGUUACCCAUGGACUUUGAUGGGCGGGUGUGGCCCCUGGCGGGCGGCUUCGGGCGUUACACCCGUCUCGUUGUCGCCGCCUCUUGGUUACCCAAUGUACUUCUGGCCCUGGGCUUUUUCUCCGAACUCUUGUACACAUCUCCCCCGGGUUAUAAGUGCAGAGGGAAACCUGACAUCAUUGGGGAGCCCUGUGAAAACAACACCCGUUUGGAACUGAGCAAUUACACCACCAUCUGCCCCAAUGGCUGGGAAUAUCUGCCCCGGGGGUGGCUGCAGAAUAAUAUUGUUACUCAGUGGGACCUAGUCUGUGACAAUCAUUGGAAGGUGCCCCUAGAGCAGAUAUGUUACCUGAUUGGCUGGCUUCUUGGCUUCUUCAUCUUUGGCUGUAUAUGUGACCGAUUUGGACGUCGUGUUGCUUUCAUCAGUGCCUUGGUAUUGGCACUGCUGUUAGGAGGUGCUGUGUCUUUAUCUCCAGAAUAUCUUCUGUUCAUGCCCCUCAGAGCUGGGUUUGGUGCCACUCUGGCUGGAAUGUUCCUCUCCUUUUACAUAGCAAGGCUGGAGCUUUGCUCUCCUGGUCACCGCCUUAUGGUUACAAUGAUUGGAGGAUUUUUCUGGAUUGCUGGGGAGCUGCUGUUACCUGGCCUGGCUGUUCUGUUAGCUGAUUGGAGGAUCAUACAGGGGGUGAUUACCGGAACUCUGCUGCUACUAGUGAUAUACUGGGGCUGCCGCUCACUAUUCCCAGAGUCUCCCCGCUGGCUGCUGGCUACUCAGCAGCUUGAUCGCUGCAAGUCUGAGCUCCUCAUAUUCUCCAGAGCAAACGGAGCAGAUGUAGGGGAGGAUCUGUCUAGUCAGGACAGUUUGUUUGCUGAAGUGGAUGCAGUGCGGGAAGGCUUCUCACGUCCUCGUUAUUACAGCAUUUGUAACAUCUUUGGAACACGUCUCAUCUGGCGGAACGCAUUGAUCCUUGGCUUUACCACGUUCAUCGGCUCUGGGAUCCGUCCGUGCUUUGCUAGGAACCUGCAAGUGUUUGGCCCCACAGCAAGCUAUUUCCUGCACGCUGGGACUGAGAUCAUUGCCUGCAUACUGCUCUGCAUCACUGCUGCCAGCUGGGGGCGCCGUGCAGUGCUUCUCACAUGCACCAUCCUCACUGGAUUCUGCUCCCUUCUGCUCCUGGCGCUGACCCAAUAUCUCUUUUCUGGAGCUUCCAUAGCUAUCUCAGUGAUUGGCUCCCUAUCGUCACAUGCCGUGGUCAUGCUGAGUGUUUUCUACGCCAGUGAGGUGCUACCCACAGUGCUCAGGGGCUCCGGCUUAGGUUUAAUACUUGGGGGCAGUAUGUUGGGUCGAGCUGCUCUCCCAAUCAUAGAACUGCAGCACAAUGGUGGAUUCUUUCUGCACCAUGUUGUCCUAUCCUCCUUCUGCAUCCUUUCAGUCCUUAGCCUCCUGCUAUUACCUGAAACUAAAAGAAAAGGUCUUCCAGAUUCUUUGAGGCAUGGAGAAAGCCUACGUCGCCCUCCGCUCCUCCUGCAGCCAUCUCAGGAUGCAAUGCCACUUCUGUCCCAUGGCAAAGCUCGAGCAGACUACAACCCUGAUAGCUAUGCCCGACUGGCAAGUUCAACAAAGAAGAUGAUAAAAAUGGACAAAUCAGGAGCAUGAAAAGGUGCAGAGGUCAGAGCAAUGAUUAGGUAGCAUGGAUUAUAUGUCCAUAAGCAACACUUUCAGCAACAGAUGGAAUUGCUGUGCAAAAGCAUACUGCCAGAAAAUGACACAGAGCAUACUGGAAGGGUAACUUUUCAACCCUUCUCUUGUUGCAUUGCAGACUGGAAUAAUUUAAAAAAGACAUGUUGCAUACCAAAGGUUUUUAAUUAUAUUUACAAAAUGUGGAAUUAUAAGGAAUCCCAAAGCACAACACUACAAAGCUAAACUGUAUAGUAUAGUACUCUGUCCAGUGUUAUCAAAGUGGCCCCACCCAGCACACUGUUUCCUGACUGUACCACCAUAUCAUCAUGCUCCAUGACACCCUUCCAAUCUCAAUGCUAUGCAUUUAUUGUUGUACUUUUAUACAUAUUUAGCUCUUUUGAAUCUCUGCAAUCUCUUGCACUUUAAAACAUGGCUUCACCUGGUUCUCAAGAUCCUGUCUCACUUUCCUCUAACCCCCUACACUUUCUCUGUCUUUACCACUUUAACUGUUUCUUUCUUUAAGUCCAUAAACCUCCAGUUGUAUGAUUAUACUAUAACAUAUACACAAUGGUACUGCAGGUCUCACUAAUGUCUGUCACAAAACUGAUGGUCCCAGCUAUGUCCCAAAUAACAUUUCAUUACAAAUAAAAUAAUGGUUUUGACUUUU